ACCCUAGCGACGUCCUCGCAACCCCAUGGCACCUCGCGGCGAUAUGCACGCUUUCCUUCAGGGCUCGGGUCCCAUACUGGUAGUAUUGCAAGUACCAUGCCUGCUGCCUCCAGCCCAUCACCACCCCUCUUGUCCCCGCUUUUGCAUCACGCCUGUUGCCAUGCCGUCGCAAUUCUCCAUUUUCUUACGAGCUUAGACUGUAACGGAUAACGCUCGUAGCGCGAAUGGCGCGUGUAGCCCCCGCAGUGUCCUCGGCGGGUCAUCAGCAUGAGUAUGAGCAUCGUCAGCAGCAUCGUCAGCAUCUCUCUCACCCGCCGACAGUGCGUGCGUGCGCGAGCGCAGAGCAUGCCGCCGCAGAGGCUGCAGCGCCAACGCCUGUAGCAGCCCGCGCUACAGACGCGCACCGCGCCCCAGACGCUGGGCCAGCGAGUAUUGCUGAGCGGAGCAACGCGGAUGGGGCAGCCGUAGCGCACAGCGGCGGAGUGGUUGCCUCCCCCUCCGAAAGCGCCAAGGCGGAGGAGGCGCUCGAGGGCGCGGCGGCGGAACGAUUUGCGGAAAUUCUGUCGCUGGUCGCGGGGAACCGUUCCGCGAGGGCAGGGGGAGAGGCGCAGGCCGGCGCGGGCGGAGAGCAGGGCCCGGGGGUCAAUCGGAGACCGCUGGGAAAAACGGAAGAAGAAGGAGAGGGCGCGGUGCUGAUACCGAGGGAAGCGGGGCAAGAGCGAGGAGAGGGGGGAGAGGGGGGAGAGCGGGGAGAGGGGGGAGAGGGGGGAGAGCGGGGAGAGCGGGAAGAGGGGGGAGAGGAGGAGGAAGAGGAUGAGGAGGAGGAGGAGGAGGAGGAGGAGGAGGAGGAGGAGGAGGAGGAGCCGAUACUGAAGUACCAGAGGCUGGGAGGCGACGUGCCUGCGAUAGUGGGCGGGGGCGUGCAUGCGACGUGCGUGUCGGUGUCGGACAAGAUGCUCGCGCUCGGCACGUCCGACGGCUGCGUGCACGUGCUCGACCUGCUCGGCAACCAGGUGAAGCAGUACCACUCGCACAAGGCAGCAGUGUCCGCAGUGUCCUUCGACGCAGCAGUGAACCACGUGGCGUCGUGCGCCCUGGACGGCUCGCUGGCCAUCCACGGGCUCUUCUCCCCGGACGCCCUGACCUUCCGCUACCGCCGCCCGCUCCUCGCGCUCGCCCUGCACCCCUCCUUCGGCUCCUCGCGGCGGUCCCGGCAGUUUGCCACUGGGGGCGAGGCGGGCGAGCUGGUGCUCAACUCCAAGGGCUGGCUUGGGGCCUCGGACCAGCUGCUGCAUGCAGGGGAGGGCGCGAUCACGUGCGUAGUAUGGCAGGGGUCGGUGCUGCUGUGGGCCAACGACCGUGGCGUGAAGCUCUUCUGCCUGGCCACGUCCACGCCGCUCGCCCACGUGGACCGCCCGUGCUCCAACCUCACUGCUGGCAUCGCCUCCCGGCCCCAUGUCUUCUGGAUGGACGACACCACCCUUGCAAUCGGCUGGGCGGACACGAUAAAGAUUGCAGCCAUUCGCACGCGCGCAUCACCCACACCUGCUGCCACACCUGCUGCUACCAACCCCCCCUCCACUACCACCUCCUCCGCACCCUCCCCCCUGCCCACCACCACUCCCAGCACCAGCACCAGCACCACCAGCACAACCAGCCCCGGUUGCACCAGCAGCAGCAGCAGUAGUGGCACGACUCCUGCUGCCCCAUCGUCUGCCUCACCAGCAGCAGCACCGGCAGUACCGGCAGCACCGGCAACACCGGCAGCAGCAGCAGCACCAGCAGCAGCGGCAGCAGCACGGUACCUAGCGGUGCUGGCUGUGCUGCGAGUGGAGCACCUCAUAGCUGGCCUCGCUCCCUAUGGCGACCGCCUGCUCGUGCUCUCUUGCCCCUUCCCCUCCUCCGCUCCACCCCUCCCCUCCCCCUCACCAUCACCGUCACUGUCCUUGCCGUUGUCUUCUCCUGCAUCUUCCUCCUCUUCUUCCUCCUCCACUUCCUCUGCUACCUCUGCUACCUCCGCUCCCUCCGCUCCCUCCUCUUCCUCCUCCACCUCUCCCCCACCAUCCAUCCUGGCAACCCUCGAAUCCCCUCCUAUCGCCACACCGGCAUCCACCCACGACCCACCAUCGUCUGCCUCACCCUACGAGGAUCCAUCCCACUCAUCCCACUCACCAUCCGCCUCGCCCCUGCAGCCAUCCCCCCUGCAGCAGCCUGCUCUGCAGCCGUGCCCCCCCGAGCUGCGCAUGCUGACAAUGCGCAACCAGGAGGCCAUGUGCGACGCCCUGCCCCUGCACGGCUUCCACCGCACUGCCACCACCCACUUCGCCCUCGCACACUCGCCCUUCUCUGGCAGCAGCAUGGAGGGCGCGCAGUGGCAUGCGGGCAGCGAGCCGUGCUUUGUGAUCCUCUGCCCCUUCGACGUCCUCGUUGCCAGGCCACGUGGACGGUGUACAUCGGUGGACGGUUGGCGGUGUACACAUGUGGAUGAUGGGCGGUGUACAGCGGUGGACGAUGUACACCGGUGGACGGUGGACGGUGGACGGUGUACACCAGUGGACGGUGGACACCGAUGGACGGUGGACGGUUUACACCGGUGGACGGUGGGCGGUGUACACCGGUGGACGGUGGACGGUGUCCACGGGUGGACGCCGGUGGAUGGUGGGCGGUCAGAAUCAGGGCUCUCGCGGUCAGAAUCAGGGCUCUGUUGGUCAGAGUCAGGGCUCUGGUGGUCAGAAUCAAGGCAUGAAUGGGUGAAUGGCGACGCCCAGGACCAUGUGCAGUGGCUGCUUGCCCACGGCAAGGUGCAGGCAGCGCUCAAAGCGGCAGAGAAGGCGGCACGGGGCAGAGGAGGGGGGGGAGCAGGGGCGGAGAGGGGAAGGGGGGCAUUCAGUGGGGAGGAGGAUGGGGAGGGGUUGGGGGAGAGUGCGGGUGGUCGGAACGGAGAUGUGGUUGCAGAGAACAGACUCGUGCAAGAGGUGGGGUGGCGGUACCUGGACCACCUGGUGCUGCAGCGCAAGUACUCUCAGGCCGCUGCUCUCUGCCCCAAGCUGCUCGGAUCCAACACCACCGCUUGGGAGAGGUGGGUGUUCACCUUUGCUCAGAUGCGUUGUCUACCAGCCCUUGUGCCGCACAUACCCUUCGACUCGCCCCAACUGGGCCCAGCCGUUUACGAGAUGGUGCUCUCGUCCCUCCUCCUCUCCCCCCCCGACCACCCUCUCUUCCUCUCCUCCAUCCGCACGUGGCCCCACCGCCUCUACUCCAUGCCCGCUGUGCUCGCCAAGGCUGUUCAGCGCCAUGAGGCUCUCACGCAGGGGGGCAGGGCGUGGGAGGGACAGGCAUCUACGCCCCUUCUAGAGGCAAUAGCAGAGCUCUGCAUGCGGUCGCAGCGCUUUCCAGAUGCCCUGCACUACUACACUCUGGCAGCGCUAUCAGACCGAGCCAACACCUCGCGCACGGACACUGUGUUCCACCUCAUCUCCUGCCACCCCUUCUCUCCUCUCAUCGCCUCCCAGUUGCCCCUGCUACUGCAGCUCGACGCCCCCCGCAUCCUCCUCUUCCUCGCCCACAACCCCUCUCUGCUGCCCCCCUCCUCCCUCUUCCCCCACCUUCACCUGCUGCGAGCACACGCACACGACACCCAGAGACGGGGGGAGGAAGGGGGAUUGGGGGUGGAAGGGGGUCUGGGGGACUCACAAGUGCGAGAAGGGGAGGGAGGUAGGGGGGAGGCAGGGGUGGGUGAAGGGAGAGAGGCAAGCAAAGGGAGUGUAGGGGGUGGGUGUGAGUUAGGAGCAGGGGUGAGAGGGACUGGAGGGGUUGAGGCGGACUGCCACGCUGCUUGGGAUGAUGGUGAGGGGGAGAGGGGAGGAGUGGAUGGAGCAGGGGGGGCGUUGUGGUGUGAGUGUGAGGUGGACGUAGGGAGGAGUGAGAACGGAGGUGGUGAUUUUGGAGAGGAAGCAGGGGCGGAUGGAGGGGGGCGAGAGGGAACAUUAGGGGAGGGAGGAGGGAGAGGAGAGGAGAAGGGGAGGAGGAGAAAAGGGAGGAGGAGGUGGUGGGUGGUGGGGGAGGAGAGGGAGAUGGUGAGGGGGAUGCUUGGGGAGGAGCAAGGGGCAGCGUUCGAGUGUAGAGCGGUGGGGGCGUUGCUAAACAUGUAUCUGCACCACCUGUUUGUCACCGAUGCUGAGCUCACGCAACCAUGGCAUCCCAUUCAGCUACUCCUCUACACCAUGCUGGACCCCCGCAAUCUCCUGCCUUUCCUGCACAGCACCACCAACUAUUCCCUUGACAUGGCGUACCGCGUGUGUGAGCGGCGGGGCGAGACGGAUGCGAUGGUGUAUCUGCUGCAGCGCAUGGGCAACCAUGCCGCCGCCAUGGCGCUCUGCAUCGACCGCGCUGAAAACGUUGACCAGGCUCUAGACGUGGUGUGUGAGAGUGGCGAUGAGUCGCUGUGGGACGUGCUGCUCGAGAGAGCUGCCUGCAACCCCACCAUCCUAGCGGCGCUCUUUGACCGUGCCCUGCCUGGCUUGGACGCCAUUCACCUUGUGCAGCUAGCCAUGCCAGGACACCCCAUUCCCCGGUUGAAGCAGCGGCUUGUGAGUGUGCUGUCUGCCACAACCACCCAACUCGCCCUCUCCCAAGGCUGCUUCCGACUCCUCCUGGCGGACAUAACAGCUCUCUUCACCAAGCAGUGCAGGGAGGCCGUCAAGGGCAUUCGAGUGGGCGCCUCCGUCCGCUGCCUCGUGGCACACACCACCCUCUCCCCUCCCCUCUCCCCGCACCACCACCACCAGCACCACCAGCAGCACCCCUCACUCCCCCUCGCCCUCCUCUCCUCUGUAUCCGCAGCUGCCUAUGACGCUGCCACCACAGCAGCAGCAGCGGCAGCCGCUGCAGCAGCAGGUGCUACUGGCAACCCCACCACCACUGCCACCAGCGCCAUCACCACACCUCUUUCCUCCCUUCCCACUCCUCUCGACCUCCCAUCCUCCUCACCUUUCCUUGACUCUCUUCCUGCUCUAGCAGCACACACACAACGAGCUUUCCAAGGGGCCGUCACCGCCAUAGACGCUGUUCUAGACUCAGCCCCCGUUCAAGCCCUAGCUGCCGAUGUAUCCUUGGACUCGUUCCUGGCUAUCGUCGACGCCACGGGUGCGGCAGGGGUGUUUGCCGGCUCGCCUGAUUGGGGUGGGGAGGAAGGGCAAGGGAGGGGUGGAGUGGUGAGGGGGAGAAGGAGGAGAGGAGGGCAGGGGGAAGAGGAAGGAAGGGAGGUGUUGGGGGGGAGUGGGCGGUGCUGUGUGUGCUUGGAAAGGGCAGCUUCGUUGGAGGGCCCGUUUGUUGUCUUCUUCUGCCACCAUGGCUUCCACUUCUCCUGCCUCUCCCUCUCUGCUGCCGCCCAUCUACCCUCCCCUCCCUCCACACCUCAUUCCUCCUCUUGCUUCUAUGAGCAGUAUGAGGAGAGAGGGGAGGACCUGCAAUGCCUGGUGUGUGGGAGGGCGGCGGAGAGUGUAGGGAAGCAGGGGGGAGUGAGCAGUGGCAGUGGCAGGAAGGGGAGUGGCAGGGGCAGUGCACAGGGAAGAAGAGAGACUAGCAGGGUAACUAUUCCAAGCGCUAGUAACAGCCCACAUACCGGUAAGAUGACUAGCCAGGGCAAGGGCGUGGGGACCAGUGGGGCGAAGGGAGAAGGCAGGGGAAGAGGUGAGAUUGGUGGGGGAGGCGAAGGGAUGGGUGUUAUUGAAGGGUGGGGGGGUGGUGGUGGUAGUGGUGGUGGUGGUGGUGGUGGUGGGCUUACCCGUGGGAGGGGUGCUGCUAGUGCAGAUGUGAUUCAGAGGUUGAGACAGAUGGAACUGGUUGGGAAGGAGAUGAGAUGAUGCUGUACAGUACUACGGAUGUAUUUCCUGAUGUACACAACACAGUAAUGAAUGAAGUCAUAGUGGUUGG